AUGAUACGUGAUAUUCCAUGGUCAAAGGAGUUAUUGAAUAAGGAAGAGGCCAAUGGAGGUUAUAUCGACAAAAGUCGUGAAACAUUGAGGACAAUAGUACAACGUCGGUAUUUUAGUCAAUGA